AUGUAGAAUUAUGAACCUCAGAAUUAUUAAAGGUAUAAUGAAGAAAUAAGUGAUUAUCUUUAACAGGAUAUUGAGAUACUUCAUAAAUAAUACUGGUAUUAGGCUUUAAAUAAAAACUGCUAACUAUCAGACUAACCUGAAAGGAUAAUCAAUGAAAGCCUUAUAGAAAGUGGUAUUUUGAAAUUCAUUUUUUUGGUGUCUUAAGUCUAAUCGUAUUUUAAAUAUAAAUAAAUUAAUUCAGAUAUGUUUUUAAGGAACAGAUUGCAUUCUCUACGCAAAUUAGCUUAAUUUUGCACAGCUGAAAGUGUAUCAGGAAAGAAGAGCCCAACAACUUAAGCUCACUAGACAAAUGUAGAGAGAAAUUACUAAUUGCAAUUCUCAAAGUCAGCAUUAGUGGACUUUGGAGAAUUGCCAACAGGGGAAAUUCCUGAAGCCUUGAAGUACGAUAGACCUUAAGCCUUGAAUUAAUUAGAGAGCGGUCUCAGAGUAGUGUCUGAAUAAUACAAUUCCCCAUUAGCUUCAAUUACUGUAGCAGUGAAAGCAGGAUCAAGAUUUGAAACUUUAGAAAGUUCUGGAGUAUCAAACUUCAUUUCAAAAUUAAACUUGAGAGGCACAACUACAAGAUCAAGAGAAUAAGUUGAAGCAGAAAUCGAUUAUUUGGGAGGAUCAUUAAAAGUGAAAUAAGGUAGAGAAUUAUAAACAUAUACCCUCACUUUUUUGCCUUCAGAACUUGAGAGAGCAGUAAACUUUUUGGGAGAUAUUUUGACAAAUUCAUUAUAUUCACCAGCUUAAAUUGAGGCCGAAAGAGAAGGAAUCUUUAGAGAAUCAUUGUUGCUGAAGCUGCUCAUUACACAAAUUAUAGAGAUCAUUAUUUGGGGAUAACCAACAGCAGGAAUUAGAGAUAACAUUCCAAAUGUUACAGAAGAAUAGAUUAGAUAAUUCCAUAAGGCCAAUUUUGUUGCACCAAAUGUCAUAGUUUCAGCUGCUGGUAAUGUUAAUCAUGAGGACUUUGUCUCUGCAGUCAAUAAGGCAUUCAAAGGAUUAGGUACAUCUGCUCCAACUGAAGUACCAAACUCAGAAAAACCCUAUGCUACUCCAUCCAUUAUGUUAAUUAAAGAUGAUGAAUUAACUAAUUUGAAUGUCGGUGUUUUCUUCGAUGCUCCAGGAUGGAAUCACCCUGAUGUUUUUGCUCUCCAUUAUUUCUAAAGACUUAUUGGUGAUUAUAGAGCUGACAAACACACAGGAUUCCAUUUGAAUUCUCCAAGCAGAUAAUAUAACACUAUGCAUUCACUCCUUGGUGGAUUACCAGAUGUUACAUACUAAAGAUGCGCUUAUUAUGCAUAUUCAGACACUGGUCUUUUUGGAAAUUACUUGAUUGGUAAUGAAGUCUUUGCAACAUAAAUGGCAUAUAUCAGUCAAAUGGUUUUAUCUGAUUAUGCUUCAUCUGUAGGCUAAGUUGAAGUUUUCAGAGCUAGAGCUAAAGUGUUUAAUGAAUUAUUGAGUUAAGAAAGUUCAGCCAAAUAAUCAAGAGAAAUUGCUUAAUAAGUUUUCUAUUGGGGAAGAAAGAAAGAAAUCUCUGCUCUUGAUGCUGGUCAUUUGACUAGAGUUGCUACUAGACACUUCUGGGAUAAGGAUAUUUCUGUUGUCGUAUGGGGACCUACUCACUUGUUAGAUGCUGUUGCUCAUUACAAUAGAUCAUGGAAGAGGAGCACUUUAGGUGGAUAUGCUUAACCAUACUAUGAGGGUUGAUUCAUUAAAUAAUAAAUAUAAAGUUUAUU